AUGUCGUUCUCUCAUCAGAAACUAUCUCCUAAACCUCGCCCCCAGAUCACUGUAUCACCAUCCGCUCCUUUAAAACCAUUUUCCCCGCGUUACCCACCCCCGUCUCGAAAACGUCACAGUACCGAUAGUUGGAACAGUGUCGAAGAUGAGUUCACCUAUGAAUGGACCCCAGAACAGAUAUCUCGUAUUAUAUCUACUCUCGAAGACACACCCUCGAAUCUAGCCAGCCCAUAUACAGGCACAAUACCUCCAUCUAAUCUACUCGACCGCAUGGGCCGGAGUAUUCUAGACACUCUUUCACCCAAUGAAUGGCCACAUUCACUCAGGGCAACGCGUCUCAAACUCCUUCAAGUUGCCAAGCAGCUCGCCAAGCCUGCGUCACCGUCUGUCGUAGUCAAUCCUGCUCCCACCAGCCCGCGGACUCCCCAGCGCGGUUCUUCUGUUGCCGCCCGCGCACCGCUCUCUGGGAAAGAUGGUAUGGACUAUCUGCCUGUUGUCGAAGAGUUGCCUUUAACCCCUCCAAGUAAAAAUCUGUCCACUAAACGCUCUCAGCGUGUCAUUGCACAUGCCCCGUUUCACCCCUAUGAACGUGCCUCACGAUCCGCUCAGUUCACACUCGAGAAGCUCAAAAGUAGAACAUCAACAGCUAGCCUUUCCAAAACUCUUGUACCUCAACCAGAAGAGGAUACAGCGCUUACUCCUGCAUAUCUCAACAUUGCUGUCGAUAUCUCGCCCUCAUCAUCUGCAUCAAGUCUUGUGUCUAAACGAAUCCGAAGCUACAAGAACCACCGAAACCCCCUCACCCCUCCAGUGGGAGAGAAACAGACACCUACACGUGGGAAAAGUGCUAGAAAGCUUCGCUCGCCUUACCCAAAUGCCGUUACCCCUGAAAAACGUCGAACGUCGUGCAAAAGGUCGUUCCGUCUCGAUGACGAAAACCUCUUUACCCCAGAGAUGGAUGAUGUGCGAAGCCUCGGCGAGCUUAGCCUUGGAUCAAACUUUGUCAUGGAUGAGAACAUGUCAUCAGGCCGUCGUUCAAGACGAUUGACGCCACACUCGCGUUGUGGGACUCCUCUCUCUAUUGCCUCGUCGCUGGAUGGGGAGAGUCGCAGUCCCCGUCGCCCCCGUCGUGCCGGGCGCUUGUCCUUGCACCGUGGAGACGAUGACGAGUUUUUUGAAUAUGGGGUGGCUGGGCAUGAUGCUGAUGCUGGCACUCGGCGAAUGAUCGGUCGAAAGAUUUCUUUCGGGUCUGAUAGUGGAUAUGAUACAGGGAAGAUAAUUCCCAUAGCGGAGUCGUCCAAGGGGAAGCUAGUCUUCGGUGGUCUUUUGCAUGCACCUUUCGAAUAG